CGAGGCCAAACAAGGUGCCAAGUCCACCACUUACCAUUCUCAGAUGCCAUUCGAUGUUGUCGGACGUCAGCGGGUAUGUACCAUCGGAGCCCGGCGGCGGGCCCUUCAUGUGAAGCUUUGGCUGCUGGAAUGAUGUCCGCCGCGGCAGAUCCUUGCCACCGUAGGCCGCGGCGAUGUCCUUGGCCAGUGGCCGAGCGUAGCUGCUGUGGGGAUGGUGGUGGUUUCCCGAGCGCGGCGACCCCACCCCCUUGCCUGCUGCCCGCGGAACCCCAAGCCCCGCUGGUUGCUUCCGCUCCAGCACCCGCUGCCCGCCGUGUUGGUCUGGCACUCCAUUUGGCUCAUUUGUCGGCAGCGACUGGCCCUCUAUACCAUCCUCAUGGCUCUGGGUCUUGUGGAACACGCGAGAGAACGCCUUGAGCAUGCUUUUGGCUGAAGGAGUAGAGCGCGUUUUCUUUUGCUGCUGCUGCUGCUGCUGCUGCGUUCUCUGCUCAGCUAGUGAAUAAUUAAAGUCAAUAAUAAAAGGCCGUCCCUAUCAAGAAAU